GAUAAUAUAUAAACAGUUAGUAUGUCAAAAGAUAUUAGUAUCAAGACAAUUAUCGGAGCAGACGAGUUAGAACACGUAUAUCAGAUGGAGAUGUUGCGGCUGUGUUUUGUGGUGUUAGCUACAUCAGUGUCGCUGGCGUCAUGUGGCGGUUCGUGUCCUCCAACGUUAUCAGUGGACAUCUGUGAAGCUGCUUGCGGUCCCACAGUGUUGUGCAAUGCCCCACAACUCUGCUGCCCAACAGCGUGUGGGGGGGCUAUGUGUGUUGAUCCCAUGACAGAACGACACUUCGUCACAUUAGUGAAACCAGGUCGUUGCCCCGAGUAUCCUCGUGGGGUCUGGAUAUGCAGUCACACAUGUACGGGCGACUCAGACUGUCCCCGCGCUCUCAAGUGCUGCCCUAAUCGAUGUGGAGCUCUGACGUGCCAGAGACCAGAGACAGAGGACGUGCAAAUACCUUGAUAACUUAGUUCCAUAAUAUACUACUGGACAGUGCGAAUGAUAAAUUUAAUUUUUCCGUGAAAAAUUUAUGGUAUAAAAUUCUGAUUUUCAUUAAUAAAUGCGGUAAUUUUA